AUGGCUUCCAAGAAAAUAAUAAAAACUCAAACAAAUCUUGGGGGCAGUAGUCGAACGAUCGAACAUCAAGACCCGAAGAAAUCGAUCGAGGAUCUUUUCACGAAUCGAUUUGUCAAGAAGCCAAAUAAGCCUCAACUCCCAGCGGCAUUCUAUCAACAACCUACCAAUAGAGGCAGGGGAUCUGCUGGACAUUCCCCAGUGGGAUCGUCGGAUGAUGGGUUCAAGUCAAAUAGCCAAUUGACGCUCAGCCCUCAAUCAUCAACAUCACCAGGGGUGGGCCAACCCCAAUAUAUGCAUCAGAGAAUGGGUUCUGCCCCGGAACUGGUGAAUUCUUUGUAUUCGGCCCCCUCAUCCUCCUCUCAUAUCCCUCAACCGGGUAUCCCUCGGCCAAUGCAUAAACCCAGCUUCAGUAUGAGUGAAGUGUCCCACGAAAUCCCGUCAUAUCACUCCCGAUCUUUAUCGACGGAUGCCACGCAUCAUCAAAUGGAACCCCGUCUUGGUGCAGCGUGUUCCCCCUUUGGCGGUCCUCCCCAGGCCCCAGCCACGUCAUGGCGUUCUGAUCCUCAAAUAUCGGAAUCGGAGCCGCCGCCACGACGUACAACUUCUACCUGGCCGCAGGGACGACACGGAAUCCAGGCCGACGCCUCGGCAUCGUCUUCUAUGCGUGGACGGGGAUACGCACAGCUAUUUUGUGCAAUCUACUACGUUAAGGGGCAGAAUUAUUUUGCGCGAACGUCCACCGUUGCCAACACGCAAUUUGUCGCCGGCAAUAUUGCUUAUCCAAAUCUCGCUCUUGCUAUGCGAAACUGCAUCACUUCCGAUGCGGAUUGUACGCAUGUACGCUGUUGCACAGUGACUGCUCCGGCUAGCUGUGUCAUCGGCAUGAUUGGAACGGUGGCCGUGCUGGAGGGCGAAAACGAACAGUGCAUCUACUACGCAAAACAAAGCGGCAUUUGCGCAAGCGCUUCCGCUGCGGCAAUUCAGCUUCCAGCUUCCGCCGCCGCCACGACCAGUACUGUCGAUUCCGAAAAGCCUACCACCUACCCGACACUUAAACGAAUCCCGCGAUUCCUCAGAGGCAGUAAUAUAAACGUUUGGCGCGCCGGCCUUGCUGAUACCGUACCCACACCGAUGUAUUGUAACGGGAAUACUUGGUGGUAUGGCGCUAACGACCCGGGGUGCGAUGGAUCGCUGGAGCUAUAUGUUAAUCCUAAUGGUGCCCAACUCGUUGGCGCCAACCGGAAUAUUACUCUUUGGACCAGGCUCGGCUGGGUCGCAAACCUAACGAACUCAUGCGGCGCCAACCAAACAAUCUUCCAGUACCAGGGCAACCCAGGCUUCCAAUAUCUACGAGAGGGUGUCUCGCCCGAUGACGGGUACGACAGUCGAACGGCCAUCUUCGCAACUUGGUCCAGCUCGUCGACGUGCGUCGACCAGACCGUCAAAAAUCAAUGCCUCAAGAGUAACGUCGAAUCGACUGCUCCGCGUUGUGGU